AUGAGGCGGCCUUCUCAAGCCGCGUGCACCGCCGCCACCACCACGGCAACCGGCAGCAUCGCGCCGCCGCCACCGCCGCGUCUCACGGGGCACAUAAAGAGGCCCAUGAACGCGUUCAUGGUGUGGGCUCAGAUCGAGAGGCGGCGGCUGAUGGAGCUCUCUCCCGAGAUGCACAACGCCGAGAUCUCCAGGCGGCUCGGACGCCUCUGGAGGCUGCUGGGAGACGCGGAGAAGAAGCCCUUCGUUCGCGAGGCGGAGCGGCUUCGCGCUCAGCACAUGGCCGACCACCCCGACUACAAAUACCGACCACGCAAGCGGGUCAAGGCUCAGCCUCCCGCUACACAGCUACCUCCAUCGUCGUCAUCUCAACGCCUUCCUCCACACCAACCUCGUCACCAUUCUGGGCCGCCGCCGCCGUCCUCUGCCGCGAGAGCAAAGGCAGCGGCAGCCGCGGCGGCGGCAGGAGGCGGAGCGAGGAAGCGCGCUGUGGCCCACGGGCGUCUGCCGGACGAUGCGAGGCGCGCGAGCGACUCCACUGGGAGCAGCCGCAGUCGGGACACCACGAGGUCCAGGCCGCAGAGGCCAGCGUCGGGAGGAGGCUCCGGACUCUGCGAGCAGGCGGCGAGGCACGACGGCGCCAGAAUGGAGGAAGACCCUCGUGGUGAUGAAGGGGAUGGAGCUGCGCUCAUGUCGGGCAGGAGCCGUGGCUACGCGGGCAGCAACUGGUACGAGCUGGACAAGGAGAAAGUUAUGGAGGAGGAGGAGGAGAAGGAGGAGGAUGAAGACGAGGAGAUGGGACGAGACGUGCAGUUGCUGGGCUCGCUGGACCGAGACGUGGACUCGUUGAGUGAGGGCAGUAGUGCGUCUCACUUUGACUUCCCCGACUUGCGCUCUCCCGAGAUGAACGAGAUCCUCUCCGGCUCUCCCUGGCUCGAGUCCAGCUUCUCCAGCCUCGUGUUCACGUACUGA